AUGGGCGACCAAGAACUGAUAACGCCCCAGUCUAUGGGUCGCCCUUCCGACGAGGCUCUGAGAGAUGAACCUUCGACCACUGCGGCCGUUGCCACCACAAAUCAACAUGACGAAAAUGUAUCGGAAUCCCGGCCUGGGUCUCCUUCAGCUGAGACGCCGCCUAGUGACUCUGGGACAAAGCCGACGGUCCCUAUGCAGAAGCGACGACGGGUGACCCGUGCCUGUGACGAGUGUCGUCGCAAAAAGAUCAAGUGUGAUGGCAAACAGCCCUGUACGCACUGUACCGUCUACAGCUACGAGUGCACAUAUGAUCAACCCUCGAAUCGAAGGCGAAAUCCCGCCCCGCAGUAUAUCGAAGCUUUGGAGCAGAGGCUGCAGAAAGCUGAAUCAAUCCUGCGCUCGGUGUUACCGGGACUCGACCUCGACGAUCCCAAAUUUGAUGCACGAAGUGUUGAACAACUGAUUGAGGCAAGUCGUGCAAGCACAAGCGCCUCCACUACCAGCAACGUCAACGCCAAUGCCAACGCCAGCGCAAAUGUCAACGUCAAUGUCAACGGCAAUGGCAACGGAAAUGCAACUGCGAGACCGGCGGCCGACCCUCCCAAACCGGAAGAUGACGCUCAACUUCAGUCGAUGGUUGACCGAACCGGCUCGCUGGACCUGGAUGAUCAUGGCAAUUGGGAUUUUCAUGGCCAUUCCUCUGGUUAUGUCUUCAUGAGAAAAUUCCGCGCGCAGUUUGGUGACCAGUUCCUGGCAGAAUACCGUCACCCCAGCAAGAAUCGCACCAUAGCCCAGAUCCUCGAAUCACCAAAGUCGGCCAACUCAUCACCGAUUGACUUCAGCCUCCCUCACCACAUCGAUCUGCCGCCGAGGGAGGUGGCCAUUGAAUUGUGUCGAAACACCCUGGACGACUGCUGCGCUCUUAUGCGCCCCCUCCACCGACCGACCUUUUUCAAGCGACUCCACGCGGUAUACGAUACUGAUCCCGAGCAAUAUAACAAUCGUCAUGUUCAAUUCUUGCCUCAACUUUACGUGGUCAUGGCCGUGGGAUGUCUGUUCUCCAAGACCGAGAACGAGAACACCAUGCUGGACCUGAAAGGCUACAAAGAGGCUAUCGAACAAGGAUAUCAAUAUUUCAGUACGGCCAAGCAAUUGCUCGACAUUACGGAUUGCAGGGAUCUAGUGACUAUCCAAGCCAUCGUCUUCAUGAUACUCUUCUUGCAGUCUUCGGCCAAAUUACCCACCUGUUACGCAUACAUCGGCAUUGCACUGCGGGCGUGUUGUCGGCUGGGCCUGCAUCGCAAUCUGCCUAUCAAUUUUAACCCCAUCGAGUCGGAGGAACGGAAGCGAAUAUUCUGGCUAGUGCGGAAGCUCGACUGUUACGUGGGAGCUGUCCUCGGACUCCCCCAGAUGUUGAGUGACGAUGACAUCGAUCAAGAAUUUCCGGCUGAGGUCAACGACGAGUACAUCACCGAGCAGGGUAUCUUGCCCAUGCCGGCUGGCACCUUUCCUCUACUACGAGCGACCAACGCCCACACGAGGUUGACGAUGCUUCUCAGAAAAGUCGUUCGGUAUAUAUACCCUCUCAAAACCCCCGGAAACUCCCAGGGCGAAGCGGUCUACACCAUCAGCCACAAAAAAAUCCGUGAGCUUGAGAGAGAUCUGCAGAACUGGAUGGAUCAAUUGCCGAGCGAGUUGCGACCCUCGGACAAUGCUGGACGGGAGCUUUCAAGGGUCCAACAACAUCUGCGCAUAAGCUACGCUCACGUUCAAAUGAUGGUCUAUCGACCAUUUAUACACUACGUAUCUCAAGCAUGUCAGGCGCGAAACGUGGAUAAGAGGAGCUUCGCUUGCGCGGCGGCAUGUAUCAGUGUUGCAAGGAACAUUGUCCACAUAACCAGUGAGAUGAAGCGACGAGGCCUUUUGGUUGGAUCCUACUGGUUCGUCAUGUAUACGACCUACUUUGCCAUCCUAUCGCUCGUCUUCUUCGUCAUCGAGAAUCCAAACAAUCCCACAAGCACGGAGAUCUUGAAAGAUGCAAAGGAAGGACGGGAUACACUGGCAAGCCUAGCGAGACGAAGCGCAGCUGCUGAUAGGUGUACUGUCAGCUUGACGGGUCUUUUUGAUGUGCUCCCAGAGAAGCUGAAGGAACGGCGAAGCUCCCUCAAUUUCCCACCCACGAGCAAUCGCAAGCGCCCUCCACCGGGUCCCGAAGCAGCAGCAUCGCAGGAGAGACAAACUGCGCCCGACCUCAGCAACCAGAUGAGCUCUCGGGAACACUCGGCAACGCCCAGCAGGACAAGAACGUUGCCUUCGGAUUAUCUGGCCAAACUGGCGAAAAGGAACUCACUGCCUGAUCCGGUCAUGUCGAGUUUCUCGGAGCAAAUGCAAAGUGCUCAGCUGAUAGGAUUCCAGAGCCCGUCGGCGUCCUCGCCCAUGUCGCCCAACUAUCAGUACACGCCGCAAAUCGGCAAUGCGCAAAUCCCGGAUCUUAAGAACGUCAUGUUCCCCAGCGACAACCCGUUUGCCUACCCUAAUCAGCCGAUGAGUGCGCUCGAGUCGGUGGAUGGGCACUACUCGUUCUCCGAGGCCAGCAUGACACCCAACGAGGCGAAUCUUUUCGGCACGCCGAGCAGCGGCAGCCAUCAGAUGCCCAUACCGACACAUCACUUUGGCAAUUACGACUACCCUUUCCAGCACACCUUGGGUGAAAACACCAGCUUAGCACCACAAUUCGGCCCCCAGACCGGGCGUGACUUUAACGCGCCAUUCACAGAUAUUCUUAUGCACAACGCCCUUGGGACGGACAUGAAUCAUCUGGGUGGCGUCCCCAACACGACAGAAUCGAUGAACAUGGGAGGCGACGCAGGCGCCUCGACGAAUCCAGACGAGUACUGGAAACAGAUCAACGGAGGGCAGAUGGGCAUGGGCCCCGGGCUGCCACAGGGAGUGCAGGCGGGUAUGGACUACUUUGGCAGCGAGGGUUGGAACUCAGCGUGGGCCGAGCAGCAUUACGGCAACACCCAGCAGUGA